AUGCCUCAGUCACAUCGCAAGCCCAGCGGACUAUGCAUCCCUUGUACGAAGGCAGGGUGCAACCGCUGGUUUAGGAAUCGGUCGGGGCAUACUCAGCAUGUGAACGCGAAGCACCCCAUUUUCCUAACGCCACCUGCACCAACUCAAUUGCCACCUCAUCCACCAAGCCCUGGGCUUGGCCCCAUGGACUUUGGUGACACCAGUCCCAUGGAUGAUGAAGAUCCUCCGCAAGUAAGGGCGGAAUUCUUUGGCACUGGUGACCAGUUGUAUAGAAAUUAUCACCCUUUCUUGUCCGCUUCCUUGAUCCAAGCUGGGGGUAAACACACUCUGUUCUCCGAUCAUCGCGACCUCUACAGGACGAUUGACAAUACUCCCCUCGGCGACGUUAAGUGGCAAUCCUUUUCAGCCAAAUACACCGGCACAAUCCCAGAUGAAGGUGCCCUGCCCUGGAUGGAAGAUUCCCAUGAAGUUUGGUUUCGCGAUCCUCGCGACAUUAUUCGAAAUAUGCUCGCUAAUCCAGACUUUGCUGCGGAGAUGGACCUUCAACCCUACCAUGAGUUUGCAACAGAGAAUGAUGAACGCCAAUGGAAAGAUUUCAUGUCCGGAGAUUGGAGCUGGGCUCAGGCUGACAAGAUAUCCGAAGAUCCUGACACUCAUGGCUCCACAUUCGUGCCAGUCAUUCUCGGAAGCGACAAAACAACUGUUUCAGUUGCCACUGGGCAGAACGACUACUAUCCACUCUACGCCUCCAUUGGUAACAUUCAGAAUAAUGUGCGUCGUGCUCAUCGUAAUGCUGUAGUUGUCAUAGGCUUUCUUGCAAUGCCCAAAACAACCAAAGAGCACGCUGAGACACCAGGCUUCCGAAAUUUCCGACGCCAACUCUUUCAUUCCUCACUUUCAUUCAUCCUCAAGAACCUCAAGCCUGCUAUGACAAAGCCUGAGGUCACACGCUUCGGGGAUGGCCAUUACCAUCGCGUGAUCUACGGGCUUGGACCUUACAUUGCGGACUAUGAAGAGCAGGUGCUGCUCGCCUGUAUAUUUCGAAAUUGGUGCGCCAAUCUCUGUCGCUCAAGAUCUCAUACAGAUGCCCUAAUCGAAGAGUGCGACUCUGGAACCCUGCAUUCGGAAUAUGGUAUAGUUGGCGAGCUUGUGCCGUUUACGAACGAUUUCCCCCGCGCUGAUAUUCACGAGUUGCUUGCGCCUGACAUUCUCCAUCAGCUCAUCAAGGGGGCAUACAAAGAUCAUUUGGUUGAUUGGGUAGAGAAGUAUCUCCUGCAGACACAUGGAAAGAGGCGAGCUAAUAUUAUCCUAGAUGACAUUGACCGAAGGUGCUCCCUCCAUUUCCUGGAUUGCGUAGAUUUCCCCAAGGACUGUCAUUUCAAACAGUGGACAGGUGACGACUCGAAAGCACUUAUGAAGGUUUACUUGCCUGCCAUUGAAGGAUAUGUGCCAGUGGACGUCGUGCAUUCCUUCCGGGCAUUACUUGAGUUCUGUUACCUUGUCCAUCGUAACGUCAUCAACGAGAAGUCCCUCUCUGAAAUCGAAGAUGCGCUGACUCGUUUUCAUACAUAUCGUGAGAUUUUCAAGACGACUGGAGUAGUCACUACUUUCUCACUUCCUAGGCAACACUCUAUGGUUCACUAUGCCCGCCUUAUUCGACUGUUUGGUGCUCCAAAUGGGCUGUGCUCCUCGAUCACGGAGUCCAAACAUAUCAAAGCCGUCAAAGAGCCAUGGAGGCGACAGAUGCUGCUAACUAAUCAGUGUUUGGAUAAAUUGGCAACGUCACGGGUGGAUUUCCGUUUUCAUGGAAUGCUUGCAGAAGGGAAAAAGCGGGCACAAAGUGUCCCUGUGCUAGCCAAUGAGCUUGAUAUCCCACAUCUGGCUGAUCUCGUCUCGCAAUUCCUCAUCGGACAACUGUAUCCGGACAAGGACCCUACCGAAGUUCCCGAGAGUAUCAUGGACUGCCCUCGUUUCAAUGGGAGGAUACGGGUCUUCAAUUCUGCAGUAUCAAUGUUCUUCGCACCGAGCGAUUUGAGUGGGAUUGGUGGGAUGAAACACGAGUACAUUCGCGUGUCUCCCAAGUGGAGAACUGGACAUGCACGCAAAGAUUGCGUGCUUGUCAUUACUGACUCAAAUGCUCACGGAAUGCGUGGCAUGGAUAUUGCUCAGGUACUCACAUUUUUUUCCUUUCGACUCAGGGAUGUACGCUAUCCAUGCGCAGUUGUCCACUGGUUCAACCGAGUUGGAAAUGCACCAGAUGACGAUACCGGAAUGUGGAUGGUAGAGCCUUCCUCUGUUGAUGGUCGCACACACUUUGCAGUGAUCCAUGUGGAUAGUAUUUUCCGUUCCGCUCACCUUAUUCCAGUCUAUGGUACUGAUAUGCUCCCCCCGGCAAUUAAAUCCCACCACGUUCUCGACAUAUUCACCCUUUUCUAUGUCAACAAAUAUGCUGACCAUCAUGCGUUUGAAAUAGCAGCUUAG